AUGGCGCCUAACAGCUUCUCCCUGUCGACGCGCAUCAGUCUUGCCAAUGGCUUGUCCAUCCCCCAGAUCCAUCUUGGAGUGUACCUGAUGUCAGGUCGAGAGGCUGGAGAUGCCGUCAAGCAUGCUCUCUCGGCAGGAUAUCGAGGCAUCGAUUCGGCUCAGAUGUACCGCAAUGAGCACGAGUGUGGCCAAGCUAUUCAGUCGUGGUUGAGUGACAAGCAUGCCAACGGUGGAGGCCUCUCACGGUCUGAUAUAUUCUUUACUUCCAAAUUGGCCAGCAAUUCGAGUUACAACGCCGCCCGCAAGUCCAUCAAAAAGUCCGUCGAAGCCUGCGGACUGGGCUAUAUUGAUCUCUUUCUCCUUCACAGCCCUUAUGGGGGCAAGUCGGCCAGACUAGCUUCCUGGAAAGCGGUCGAGGAUGCCAUCGACGAUGGCGAGAUCAAGAUUGGUGGCGUGUCUAACUUUGGCGUUAAGCAUCUCGAGGAGCUCAUUGCUUCGAAGCCUCGCGUCUUGCCUGCUGUCAACCAGAUAGAAGUCCAUCCUUUCAACACCCGCACCAAUAUUACCUCGUUCUGUCAGGAAAACGGCAUCCUGGUCGAAGCAUACGCACCCCUAGCCCGAGCACUGCGAAUGAAGCACCCAACCAUUGUCUCGCUGUCGAAAAAGUAUAACUGCACGCCGGCACAGUUGAUGGUUAGGUGGAGUCUACAAAAUGGAUUCAUUCCCCUACCUAAAAGCGUCUCGAAGGAGAGGAUAAAGUCCAACGGCAAAGUCAACUUUUUCGAGAUAGAGAAGGACGACAUGGAAACUCUGACAGGCCUGGAUGAGUAUCUGGUGACAGACUGGGAUCCCGUUGAUACCGACUGA